CGCAUUUUUCACUUUAAUUAUAUCUGUCUUCAAUUAAAUAUAUAUCUUAUCACUACAAAAUUUAGGUCGCAUUAUCCACUUACGGAACUUCUAACUGUGAGGUAUACUUGUCAGUCGUUCGUACUCCAUGCUUUAUACCCAUUGUCAGUUUAAUUAGAAGAUUGUCGCAAUGACACUAUCGUGAUGCGCGUAAUCGCGACGCGACAGUCCGGACUCUCUCAGAUCUUGCCAUAGUUCGCAUGAUUCUUAUACCAAGGUAGUCAUCUUUUGGCUUUCGACAUAUUCAUUAGUCUUGCGAGUGAUAUAUGCUACUCGAUCUUGUUAGCCGAUUAACGACGAUUAAUCUAAUAAGAAAACGAUUUUUAUAGCCUUCGAACUCUUAACAAAACGCGUGUGUUUAUAUUUUUAAAGCAAUAAAUUAUUGUUGAUUUACUAUAUACAUCCGUGAAAAGAUUCCUAAUUUCUUGCAAUACAUAUAAUAAUUUAUAUUAUCAGUUUAGAUUCAGUUUUAUAGCAAGAUGACUUCGCGUACGGAAGAUACUCCAAACGACCUAAGUGUGACAAAAUGGGCAUCGGAGACGCCCACUGUUCAAGAAAUCAGUAAAUUUAUGCAAAAUUUUGGUAUAUCGGACUAUACUGUGUUUGCUGUGAUGCUGGUCAUGUGCGGUAUGGUUGGUAUUUACUUCGGUUUCGUGAAAAAGUCCUCAGGCGAAGAUGAAUAUCUUGUUGGCGGAAGGAACAUGAAAGCAUUUCCAGUCAGCCUUAGUCUGUUGGCCAGUUUUAUAUCGGGUAUUUCAUUGUUGGGUACACCGACGGAGAUUUAUGUACAUGGUAUAAGCUAUCUAUUCAUUUGUUGUGCGAUCAUCUUCGUUGCCUUUACCACAUCCUUCGUAUAUCUGCCAGUAUUUCAUGAGCUCAAACUCACCAGCACUUAUGAAUACCUCGAGAAACGUUUUGAUAAGAAGUUGAGAUUACUGGGUUCAAUCCUUUUUGCCAUGGGUAUUAUAACUUGGCUUCCAAUUGUUAUCUAUGUACCUGCACUGGCUUUCAAUCAAGUUACGGGAGUAAAUGUACACAUAGUCACACCUUUUGUAUGCAUCGUUUGCAUAUUUUACACCUGUGUGGGCGGUCUCAAAGCAGUAGUAUGGACAGAUUUCAUUCAAACUUUCAUUAUGUUUGGCUCGAUGUUAUUAAUUGCAAUUAAAGGUACAAUAGACGUUGGUGGACUAUCUCUAGUGAUUCAAAGAAAUUUGGAUUCCGGAAGACUCGAAUUUCCUGCGAUGGAUUGGAACCCUUUCAUAAGACAUACAAUUUGGUCACUCCUCAUAGGUGGUUACAUACAUUGGUUGCAAAUCACUGCCAUUAAUCAAAAUAUGAUUCAACGAUAUUUAUCACUUCCUACUCUGCAAUCAGCUAGAAGAGCACUCUGGAGUUUCAUGAUCGGAGUUACAAUGCUGACUUGCUUAUGUGGAUAUUGUGGCAUGCUAAUUUACGCCUGGUAUCAUGAAUGUGAUCCACUUACAACUAAGUUGGCACGCGCCAAGGAUCAACUGCUACCGCUGUUAGUUAUGAACGUUUUAGGAAGAUUUCCAGGACUGCCUGGUCUCUUUGUAGCUGGUGUAUUUAGCGCCGCACUCAGUUCAUUGUCAACCGGUUUAAAUUCUAUGGCAGCCGUAGUAUUGGAAGAUUUUGUUAAACCAUUUCAGAAGACUCCAUUUACGCGCAGAGGUGCUGAUAUCUUUAUGAAACUCACGGUUGUUGUUUUAGGAGCAAUCUGUGUUGCUCUUGUUUUCGUCGUUGAACAAGCGGGUACUCAUAUGUUGCAGUUGUCCAUAACCUUAGGCUCCAUUACUACUGGUCCAUCUUUUGGUAUUUUCAACAUGGGAAUAUUAUUACCAUGGAUUAAUAGCAAGGGUGCUUUAGCAGGAGGAAUUGCAGGCUUGAGUUUUAUGGGCUGGCUCGGUCUAUCCGCUGAAGCAGCUAUCACCAGUGGAAGAAUUAAAUUUGAUACAAAACCUGUCACUACGGAAGGAUGCACCUAUUCAUUUCCACAGGUAGAGAAUUUAUUAUUAUCUGUACCGCCAGAUUCAAUCUUAGACAACAUUAAUGAAGAAGAACCAUGGACAUUAUUCCGUCUCAGUUACUUGUUUUACACUAUGACUGGUGCCUUAAUAACUAUGAGCGUCGGUCUCAUCGUAACUUUAAUUACUUCUGAAGAUAUUGAGAAGUUAGAUCCAAUGCUCGUAGCGCCAUUUAUGAGAAAAUACUUAAAGACUGCAACCAGAGAAGUUCCGCUUCAAGAAUUUCAUGAAAUCAAGGUUGCAAAAUCAAAUGAAAAGGUGGCGUCUUGUACUAUCAAUGAAGAUGACAAAUUAUUAUCAGAAGGAACGAUUUCAACAUAAUAUAAGUAAUUAUUAAUGUAAAUGUUAUUAAUAUUUGAAUUUAUUAAGAAAGUAUAUUAUAAGUAUAUUAUAAUUUAAUUCUUAUAUAAAAAUCAAGAUUAAUAUUGAAUUAUUAAAGAAAUUUUGUAUAAAAUUUAUACAAUAUCAUAUAUUUUUGCUACGUAUGAUGUAUAUUACAAAAAUUAUUAUAUUAUGGAUUAUUGUGAAUAAAGUUAUUAAUAA